AUGACGGGUCUUUUUUCUAAGACCGGCCGUGUCAGGCUUGGCCUUGUGCAGUCGUUCGGGUCGACCCCGGCUGUUGCUGCGGCCUUCCUAUGUGUUUGUGUGCUGCUGAGUGGCUAUUUCCCUCUGACGCACGACAGCGGUGCCAGUACCUCGCUCUUUGUCGCAGCCUCAACUGGAGACCACGGCAGUCAAGAGCAAAAUCCUGUCCUGGCCGCCGAAGACUGGAACAACGAAGAGCCAGAGCAGGCGGCGGCGCCUGAAGCCACCGACGUCGAACGGGUGACGAGGUCCCCGGCUUCCUCUCCGCGACGACAACGGUUCCUGACCGAAAAUAGAUUAAGAACUCUAAUGAUGACCAUCUCUCUAACAGUUCUGGUUGCAUGUUCGGCAGGACUUAUCACGCUGAUCGCGAGUAUUCCACCCCUUCCAGGUCCUGUGACUCCUCAGGGCACCUCCGACGAGUUACAAGAGCUGGAUAACCUGCUAAAACAGGAACAGAAUCCAGACGCGCCGACACCCGACACACAUGAGUCGGAAGAGGAAGGGACGGUGGAAGAGGAAACUGAGCAAGAUGGGCCUUCGGGCGAUGCGGGUGUGGUGGAUGAAGGGGAAGGCGAAGACGAGGAACCGUUGGAAGAGAAAGUACGCUACAGAAGGGAUGCUACGCUUAUCACGCACCCUCACUUGUCUCCGUCUGACGCACAGAAGCGGUGCAACAGCCGGUACUCCGACAUGGACGUGGAAGGUACCCACGAUCUUGCAACUGCACCACCGCCCCCGCCUCCUAGUCCCGAGCCUGAGACCGAGACCCCUGAAGAUCAGGCCGAGACCCCUGAAGAUCAGGCCGAAGCCCCUGAAGAUCAGGCCGAAGCCCCUGAAGAUCAGGCCGAGGCCCCCGAAGGUCAGGCCGAGGCCCCUGAAGAUCAGGCCGAGGCUGAGUAG